AUGGGAGAAGCGGCGGCGGCUGUUUCGUUGGAAUCCAGCGAGGAGAAGAGGGACAUAUGGAUAAAGCAUUAUUCAAGCUCUCACCGAAUACUUCUUGUAGGCGAAGGAGACUUCUCCUUCUCGGCCUGCCUAGUGAAGGCAUUCGGUUCUGCCAACAAUAUGAUCACAACUUCCUACGAUAAUUUAGAUGAAUUGCUGGAGAAGUAUUGGACUGCUAGGAUUCACCUUGAUGAGCUUAAAAGCCUAGGAUGCACAUUAUUACAUGGAAUUAAUGUUGAAAACAUGCAUGAAGAUGGCUUCUUGAAACUAAUGAGGUUCGAACGAAUCAUCUUUAAUUUUCCUCAUGCAGGACAUUUCGGGUUCCAUGAAACAGAUAAAUGGCUCAUUUUGAGGCACAAGAAGUUACUUUGUGAUUUUUUUAACAGUGCAAGAUGCUUGCUAAGUGAAAAUGGUGAGAUACAUGUUAGUCAUAGGGAUGAUCAUCCUUACAAUAAUUGGGAAAUUAAUGAUUUAGCAAAGGAGAAAGGUCUGAUCCUGAAGGAAAUGGUGGAGUUUCAGAAGGAAGAUUAUCCUGGCUAUCAGAACAAGAGAGGAGGUGAUGUAAGGAGCAACGGGACAUUUCCUCUUGGAAAUAGGAGUUUCACUUUCAAGUUUUCCUUGAGCAAGGAUUUAGAGGACAUUGAAAAUUUCAGAUUUAUUGAUAUAGUCAUUUAG